GAGGCUGGAAAACACCUCGGCACAUGGGACGGGCGCAGAAAGAGGCCCGACGAUACGUUUGUGCACGAGCCACAGCAUAUACGACAACAAGACAGCUCAAGGAAUUAGCAUUAUUUUGGUGUUACAGUCAUUUCGCGCCGACCCCCCCACAUCUCACCGUAGCGGGGGCGCUCAUUGCUCGUGACAAAAAUGCCUCAAACCCCUCCCUUCCUUUCAUGAGGCACACUGCGCCCUCUUGAUGCCGGAGCUGCACACGGUCUCCUGCCAUGGCGCCUAGAUUCCAGGUGAAGUCUAACAUGAAGAGCCUGGAGCAUGAGCUGCAUUGCUCCGUCUGCAAGGACAUCGUCAAACAGCCCGUGGUUCUGCCAUGCCAGCACAGCGUCUGCCUCAUGUGUGCCUCGGAGGUCUUGGUGGCAAACGGCUACCCGCCUCCGGAUCUCCCCCCGGAGCCAAACUCCCCAGCCUCCACGCCCAACACCCGCUCACCCCGCCAGGCCCGAAGACCCACGCCGAAAGCCGAGCAACGACCUAUUGACCGCGUGCUGCGGGCAGGUCCCCACCCACCUUCGCCAUCCAUGCCCCGCUCGCCGGGAUACGGGACGUAUCCGGGGCGCCGCCGUAAGGAGGGCCCACCCUUGGUGAUGAUGUUUCCUUGUGUCCCCUGCGGCCGAGAUGUGGAGUUGGGAGAGAAGGGCCUUGCUGACUGUCUGCGCAACCUCACUCUGGAGCGUAUAGUGGAGAGGUACAGACACUCAGUGAGUCUGGGCAGCGUGGCUGUGAUGUGCCAGUUCUGUAAGCCUCCUCAGGCCCUGGAGGCCACCAAGGGCUGCGCUGACUGCAGGUCCAAUUUCUGUAACGAGUGUUUCAAGCUGUAUCACCCGUGGGGGACGCCACGAGCACAACAUGAGCAUAUCCAGCCCACACUCAACUUCAGACCCAAGGUUCUGACCUGCCCGGAGCAUGACCAGGAGAAGCUGCAGUUCUACUGUCGGUCCUGUCAGCGGCUGCUCUGCCCGCUCUGCAAACUGCGCCGCGUCCACACAGGACACAAAAUCCUGCCAGUGGCCCACGCCUACCAAGCCCUGAAGGAGAAGAUUACAAAGGAGAUGAACUACAUUCUGUCCAACCAGGACACAGUUCUGUCCCAGAUUACCCAGCUGGAGAGUUCCAUCACUCAGACCGAGGUAAACAGCGUGUCGGCCCGAGAGCAGCUGGCUCAGAGCAUCAGGGACCUGACGGCGGCUCUGGCCGAGCGCCACGCGUCGCUCACCCAGGCUCUGGAGAUGGCGCGCAAGAAGCGAGGCGAGGCGCUGUCGGCCCAAGUAGCGGAGAGACGGGGCCUGAUGGAACACACGGGGCUCAUGGCGUUUACCCAGGAGCUACUGAAGGAGACGGACCAGCCCUGCUUCGUGCAGGCUGCUCGCCAGACCCACAACAGGUUCAGCACCGCCAUCGAGAAUCUCCAGCAUUUCACUCUGGCUGCCGACCCGUCCUUCAGACACUUCCAGCUGGACGUCUCCAAAGAACUCAAACUCCUGACAGAGUUGAACUUUAUCCAGGUUCCACUGGCUCCAGUGGUCGACACCCAGCACACGCUGGCCUACGACCAGCUCUACCUGUGCUGGCGACUGCCCCAAGACUCUGCGUCCGCCUGGCACUUCUCCGUCGAGUACCGUCGCAGGGGUGUGGUCCCGGGGGGAGCGCCUCGAGGCGGCAUCAGAGGAGGCUUGUCCGCCGCCCGCUGGGGCUGGCAGCGGUUGGACGAAGUGAGCGGCACCAGCGCGGUGAUCGACAGGCUGGAGAUGGACAGCGUGUACGUGCUGCGGGUGAGAGGCUGCAACAAGGCCGGCUUCGGCGAGUACAGCGAGGAGGUGUACCUGCACACCCCUCCCGCGCCAGUGCUCAACUUCUACCUGGACUCUCGCUGGGGUCUCCAUGCCGACCGGCUGGUGGUCAGCAAAGAGCAGCGCUGUGCUCGCAGCGUCCCAGGUCUGUCCCUGAUGCAGGCCGCUGACCACGCCCUCACUUCCUGUCACCUGACCUCCGACCUCCUAGUGGGGGACGUAGCUAUCACCCAAGGAAGGCACUACUGGGCGUGCUCAGUGGAGCCUGGGUCUUACCUUGUGAAGGUGGGAGUUGGUCUGGAAUCUAAACUGCAGGAAUGGUUCCACCUUCCACAAGACAUGGCCAGUCCCCGCUACGACCCGGACAGCGGUCAUGACAGCGGCGCAGAGGACGCCCUGGACUCUGCUCCGCCGUUCUGUUUCCUCACUAUGGGGAUGGGUAAGAUCUACCUGCCCCAGCACAACUAUCACCACCACAGUAGCCAUGGGAACGGUACCCGAGACCCCAUCACCAACGGGCCCUCCUCGUCCGCGGGCCUCACCUACCCGUUGCCUCCUCGGCUCGGUGUGUGCCUUGACUUUGAGAAGGGUCGCGUCACCUUCUAUGAUGCCCACUCCCUUCGACCUCUGUGGGAAGGUCACGUGGAUUGCUCCGGCCCCGUGUGCCCGGCUUUCUGUUUCAUUGGCGGGGGGGCUCUGCAGCUGCAGGAGCUGGUAGCCAAUCGCAAUGCGGACCAGACUCCGGUCAGAAGGGUUACCAUCCAGCCGCGUGUUCUUAAUUCAAAGAACAACUGACGGCUAAUCUGAGGUCACGUGGUCAUUUUGAAUGUAUUUGGUUAUUUAAGUAUUUACUCAGCUAGAGCAAAAAUAAUUAGACAUCUCAGUGAUUUUCUUUUCUAUUUAUUUUUCUUUUUACAAGAAAAUGUUUCUAUAGCAACGAAUAUGCAAUGUAAUUAAGUUUCUAAAAAGAGUUAUUGCUUAAGUAGUGUCUGGUAUAUCCAGCACUUAAUAUUAAAUGAUAUCUUUGAUGCUUGCACUUGUAGCUAUUGCAUACAUUUAUAAAGCUAAUGUAGAUACAAUGUUGUCCUCGCUGUAGAAGCUUUUACUCGGUUAUUUCAUGCUCUUAAUGUUUAAAGCUUAAGAACUGUUAUGUUUUAGAGAUAUUUGAGUGUAAAAAAAGGCCUAUAAUGAAUCUCUAAUUAAACUUGUGUUGAACCACACUGAUUUCACUCCCAACCAAAGUUAUUGUUUUUCUGGGAUGUAAAUGUAGUAAAUUAGAGACAGAGAGGAACAAUGAAGCACUAUUGUAAUUAGAAGCUCCAAUUAUACCUCUGCUGAAUAGCUAAUCACUGGUUGCCGCGAUUCUGUUUGUGCGUUGCUGUUUUGUGUUUCCAGUACAUGAGUCUCACGUGUGUGUGUGUGUGUGUUUGCUCCACUAUGUGCACGGGUGCGUGUGGCUUUACUGAUACCAGCAUUGAUUCAAUGGCUGACGUUAACAAGUUGUCCUUUUUUGUUUCUUUUUUUCAACCUUGCUUGAUUGUACGUUAAUGAGCAGUGCUUCUUAUGAAACGAUUUGAAGAUUUAAAAAAAUCCAUGUAAACUUCACCUGCUGGCAGAAUAUUUGCAAAAUAAAAAUGGAUUAAGGACAUAAACACCGAAUAAACACAGAUUUGAACUACUAAAGCA